AUAAAUGUUUUAAUUAAAAAAAAAAAACCCACAAAGAUUUAAAACAGAAAGUUGACCCAUGGGAGAGACAAAACACCUAGAAAUUAAAUAGAUGGUGAUAGGUGGUAAAAAGAAUGUAUGACUGAGAAUAAGUGGCUGAUGGAUAUCAGGCAGAAGAGGAAGAAAGGAAAGCAGGCCUCCCACAGGGGAAAAUAUUAAAGUGAACCAAAUGCUUUAUGGAAUUUUGCUUCACUACAUUAAAAACUUGUUCUUUUUCUUUUAUUUGUCCUUGUUGGGUAAAACAUGAAUUGUAAGCACAAAAAUGUCCCUUAAGUUACAAGAAUGUACUUAAGAAAUCAAGUCAUCUUCAGUUAGGAUAGGGUCAUAAUAGAAAGAGCUGAAAAUACAACUUACAGCACCAAGGGUCUUAAUUCUAAACAACAAACUAAUUCCUAUCUGAAUGCAUACGGGGCAUUAAUGACCUCAAGACUGAUUUUCACUUAGAUAUCUACACGAAUGUGUUUUCUUUCUUUUGCAUGCCUUUCCCAAUAUACUAUGUGGGAAGGGUAAGAGGGCGAUGUCAUAGCAACAGACUAAAAACUGGUCUGAAACGUAACACGAAGUUUAAGAUUAGAAAGUUCUACUGUCUGCUACUUCCAGGACACUCAGGUUACCAAGUAGCACCAAUGAAUGAGAGUAACAACUAAACAGUGGAUAAGAAAAAAGAAGACCAAUCCUGAAAAGAACGGAAGCUACUUUUUCCCGUCCUAAUGUUAGGAGGCAGGGUCUUACUUAGCUUAGAAUGGCUUCAGCUAACUACAAAGCAGAAGAUGACUUUAAAUUCGUGAUUCUCCUGCCUCCCCCUCCCACGUGCUAAGAUUACUGGCGUGUGUCAGCAUCAUUAGAAAUUGUUGUUCAUUCUAGAAAACAUAAGGUAGAAGAGUAAGUAUAUUAAAAUUCUAUUUACAAAGAUGGACCCCUUGCCCCUCCACCCCAGACAGGGUUUCUCUGUGUAGUCCUGGCUGUCCUGGAGCUCACUCUGUAGACCAGGAUGGCUUCGAACUCAGAGAUCCACCUGUCUCUGCUUCCUGAAUUUUGGGAUUAAAGGUGUACCCACCUCACCCAGCUCAAUUCUUAUUUUAACACCUCCAAAUAUGAUUAUCAGCUCUUCAGUGCUAUAACUUGUUCGAGAAUGCCCUGAGUAGACAAAGAAAACCAGAACUCCCACUGAAACUGUGGAUUAGAAACAACUGACACUCAGUGGGCACCACACUCUUCAGUGACUGUUUAAUGAAGGUGAACUUCCACCAGUGUGUGUGGGAGGGGGAGGGAGGGGUGUGCCUCACUGUCCUGAUGAACGGUUUCUAUUCCAUAUACUACUGAUGAGAUUUCUGUACCCACAGAUAAAACUCUGAUCACAAGUAGAUUGUAGCUGCUACAGUGAUGGACAAUGGCUCAAAUACCAUUCCCCAAGCAGAUGGGUUAAUAAAGACGAUGAACGUCUUUACAAAUGUAGAAAUGACUGGGAUCUCGUCACUCAGUUCUAGAAUUAUCUUCUUUCAAGCUGCUUGAAGCUGUAAGUGGGCUGGAGUUGCUUCCUGAAACCCGCCUUCCAUCAGUCCUUCACCAUUUUCCCGAUGUUUGUAUGAGUCAGUGGGCAAUCCAGUCCAUGUGCAGACAGACAGCACAGUACUUGCGGAGUUGAGAGGCUUCCUGAAAUAAACCUGGUGUGCUGGUCUCUGUGAGGACAUGCUGAAACUGGGAAUAUCGCUCAUAUUCAAAGAUGAUAUGGAAGCCAGUCAUGCCGCUUUCAAGGUAAGGGUCCUUAAAAAAAGAAGUUAAAAAUCAACCAGGUUAAACCCCAAGCUCUUACUUAACACAGUGCAAAUUCUCAUACAAAAAUGGUAUUUUAGCUAAGGUGAAAAGUAAUGUCAAUAAGAAAUUUUAAUUUUUCACUUCAACUUUUUUAACAAGUUUUUAGACGGGUAUCACAGGGCAUACAAUAACAAUAUUGUAAAUAUAAUUCCCUGAAAUGAACACAAGCCCCAGAUAAAGCUCGUGGACGUUCUGAUGGCGUUUUAAUUUUUGCACAUCUUAGGUUCACUAAAUGACUUAGUGCAUCACAACUUCUUACUCUAAAAUCCACUCAGUGAAGAGCCUGAAAGUAAGCCUAACGCGCCGGCUGGAGAAGCCUUUCUGUCUGUCUUUGGUGGGUGUCUGCCUGGGCGCCACAGGUGUGCCAGCACCCAUGGAGAUCAGAGCAGUGUGCUGUGCACACUGUGGAGGUAACAGACAGCUGUGAGCUGCCAUGUGGGUGCUGGGAGACAAACCCGGCUUCCCUGAACCUCUGAGCCAUUUCGCCAGCCCCUUGGCAAGCACUUCAAUAUAGAUUAUUUCAACUCAACUGUCCCAAGUUAGUUUCUAAAACAUUUAAAUAGAACACGAGCUGUGAGGCGAAAUGUGUAAGUCACUACCCAGGACGUCCCGAAGUGAACAGUGUUAAAAUAGUAGCAGCACGUGACGUGCCUUCGCUGCCUCCCAAAGUGACCCUCAGAUAAAUGACAUAGGUCCCAGGAAAAUAACACAGAAUACUGUACCUUCACAGGUGUGUGCAGCCUGGCUGCUGACCAGGUUGGUGGCCCAUGCUUCAUUUAAAGGGACGUCUUCGUGGUUCCUAGAGAGUGGCCAGGUGAGGUAGAAUUCCCUAUCUGUACAGCGAUUGACACUCAAAGACUGCUGACAUCCAGUGCCCCUGAAACACCACCGAGUGCUGACAGAAAGGGGAAGCAUCUAGAUUUGGGGAGAAUACUGUUUAUCUUUACAUUGCUGGAUUUGUUAGGUCCUCAUCUGAUCCUACACUUCUGACUCUAUUCCAGGUUUAUACCCAAUCAACAUAAAAUUUUACAUCUUGGUCCGCCAUUUAAAAAAAGAAGGGGAAAAAAAGUACUUGGUCAGAGGAGGACCUGACCUUUUCUAAGGGAGUUAUCUAUUGCUCAACACGGGCUGACAAAGUGGGGUCAGAAUUCCACGGAGGGCAGACAACCCAAGGGCAAUGUCAGUCAUACCCACACCACUAUCGAGAUUCCCACACAGUGAUUUAAAUCUAACAAGCGCUUGUGAAAAGUAGCCAGCGAACUGUCAUGUGUCACUCAGCACUGUCUUGUUUGGCAAAAGUGUUCUAACACCCAGGGCAAGAACUAACAAGUCAUUGUCCUGGUAAAUCAUUAUCCGAGAAUCCGACAGCCAACACCAAAACUUUACUCAGCUGUGAGUCAAAAUUCAGUUUCUUCUCCCUCAUCCUCUGCCCCUGUAAUGGUCUUUGACCACUUCAGUACCCCCCCCUCUACCUGGAAAACUCACAAAGAUAGCGUAGUCACUGUACUUUGUUCUUUCUACCCUGAACUUUUAAGGAUUAAAAAAAAUAAUAAUACAUUUUUAUGUUCGUGUAUAAGUCGGUGGAUAACUUUUGAGAGCUGGUUGUCUGUUUCCAUCAUAAAUUCUAGAAAUGGAACUCGGGUCGGUCAACAGGCUUGGUGGCAAGUACCUUUUACCUGCUGGGCCAUCUUGCUAGUCCCACUUGAAACUUUUAAAAGGAACAUCCUUAGGGUUGGGAAGGAGAUGUGGCAGACCACUCAGUUAGCAUGCGUGAGGCCCAGACCACUAGCACCACGAUUAACUAAAUAGAGCGUCUGUUUUUAUUUUAUGCACGUGGUUGUUUACACGCUUGGUGCCACAGAAGACAGGAGCAGACCCCCGGAACUGGAGAUGCUGUGGAUGGUUAUAAGCUGCUAAGCGGGUGCUGAGAACCACUCAGGUUCUCUGCCAGAACAGCAAGGCUCUAACCACCGAGCAUCUCUCCAGCCGCCCUCCGCCCCAGCCAAGAGCACCUCUUAUAACUACAGAAGAAAGUAUGAAUAUCUAGUUCUUUCAAAUGAUACAAUAAUAUUCCUAGGCUGCAGAGAUGGCUCAGUGUUACACAAGCAUAAGCAAUUGCUACACAAACAUGAGUUCUAAUCCCCAGUACCACGGUAAAAGCCCCUGUUCUGUGGGAUCAUUGGGGCUCGAGAGUCAUCAACACAGCUCCAGGCUCAGAGACCCUGUCUCCAGGAAAUAAGGCAGGCAGUGACAGAGUAGGUUACUUGACAUCUUUCUUUGUACUUGUAUCCACCCCAACCCCUCUAUCCCACUCCCAUCCCUUCCAUCACUACCGCCCCCACCCUGACCCUGUCCCUUACACCAACCACACAAACAAUCCACAGAGAAGCUUGGCUUCUUAACUAUGCACAUCAUAAUCUUGGUUAGAAACUUUGUUGUGUAUCCAUUUCCUCCUUGAAAAAUAGAAUAGGGUUGGAGAGAUGGCUCCGUGGUUAUUAAAAGAAAAGUCAUAAAUUUCAUAAAAAUAGCCAAGGAAUUUAAGAAAGACACAUGAAAUCAAACAGAGAGCUUCAAGAGAGCAAAUGCAUGACUGGCUCCCAAGGAAACACACAUAAAGCUGAAGGAAAUGCUGAAUACUGUCACUGAAAAAGGAAUUCAGUAAAGAGAUAAAAACAUGACAAAAGGAGCUGGAGAGAUGGCUCAGUGGUUAAGAGCACUGACUGCUCUUCCAGAGGUCCUGAGUUCAAAUCCCACAUGUGAACCACAUAGUGGCUCACAGCCAUCUGUAAUAGGAUCAGAUGCCCUCUUCUGGUGUGUCUGAAGACAGGGACAGUGUACUCAUAUAAAAUAAAAUAAAUAAAUAGUGGCUGGAGAGAUGGCUCAGUGGUUAAGAGCACUGACUGCUCUUACAGAGGUCCUGAGUUCAAAUCCCAGCAACCACAUGGUGGCUCACAACUACUUGUAAAUCAGAUGCCCUCUUCUGUUGUGUCUGAAGACAGUGACAGUGAACUCAUAUAUAAUAAAUAAAUCUUUAAAAUAAAUAAAUAAAUAAAUAAAUCUUUAAAAAAAAUAGGAUAAUAAGUACCCCCAGCAAAAACUGUUGAGACACAAAUAAAUGAACUUGCAAAGGGCCCAGCAGCUGGCAUGUUUUAAGUGCUACAUUAAGUAUCCCCUAUUAUUUCUUGGCACUCGGUUUUUACAAUGUUUCAUAAAUGUAUACAAAGCUUGCCCAACUAACAUAUUACCUAUGGGUUAAGAUACAUUUGAUGUUUUCCCAUGAUAACCAGUAUUUAUUCAAUAGGUACACACAAGCCAGCUGUGUAUAGACAUAACAGAUGCCAGGGCAAUUCUCAAAUAUAGUGCUGUAUAAAUAGGAACAGCCUUAACCAACAUUGCAUUUGAAGUGAGGAAACAAACUCCAUGAAAAACUAGUGUAGGAUUAAACUAUAGAGGUAGCCUGGAAUAGCCCUUAAAUAAGGGCAAGACAGACCUAAGAAGGAAACAGACGCACUUGCUACAUUGUUCAUUUCAUAGAUACUUUCCCUGCCCAGGCUCUGUUCUAGGCCCUGGGGACAAGCAACAACUCACUUGCAGCACAAACUGACUUGGAGUCUGUGGGCUAAAGGACACUUACACCAGAGACAACUUUUCCCAUUUCAGUUUUGGCAAUGUGGGAACAGGACCCAGGACUCCAAGCAUUCUAGGCAAAUUCUCACACUGAAUUGCCUCCCCAGCCCAGAAGCCCAGUUUUGAAGUGAAGAUGAGACAGGCUUGCCUUCCUAUCACCACUUACAGACAGGAGCUAAGUCUGUGCUAUGGUCACUACAGCUGUCACAAACAUAGAAAUGGUGCAUAUGAAUAAUUUAGUAACUCUUCAUGUACUACAGGUUAUUUUAAAUCUACUCAAUUGGGUGUAGAUUAUAUUAAGGGAAUAUAUUUCCCUACUUCUUAAUAACAAAUGGUAUGAUUUAUAUCUUGUUGUUACUAUUAUUGGGAUAGAUUUUGUUCAUAGUUCCAAAAUUUUUCCCAAAGGACAGAAGGGGAUUCCUAACACUAUUCUCUCUUCCCCUUUUCUUUCUUUCAUCUACCAUCAACUACUGGCACAUCUCAAAGCUUGCAACGUGCUUGAGGAGAUCUGUAUGCGGUAGCAAGAGUUAUUUACAGAGAAAUAUUCACUCAGAAAGUCAAUUUGUAACUUUCUCUUCUGUAUUUGCCUCCUUCAACAAAGGCAAUGUCCUCAGGUAAAGAAAGAAACCCUUUGGUAAAUACCAACUAACAAAGCUUUGCCAACAUUUAUUUCUUCCCAGUAACGUACCCAUUAGAAUUAUCUGAUAGGUAAGUUCCAAUAUGCUAAUUUAGCCACAGGCACAAGCUUCCAACCAUGUCCCUCAGUUUGUCAAAUCUUUCUACUCUCUCAUGAUACGAGACUCUAUCACCCUCACAAAUCAGUUUUUGAACUGUUAUGGCUACCUAAAUCAUUAAAUGGCAUCUUUAUAGUCUAGUCUUAUACUGGAUAUAAUAUUGAAUAUGUGUUUAAAAUACUUAAACCCUAAUUUAAAAGGUAUGCACAACUAGUCACAAUACAGAAAAAUCUACCAUUCUUAAUAUUCAAAGGCUCAGUGAAACCCCAACACUCCUAGCUGAGUGAUCCCAGCAUUCAGGAAGCAGAGGCAGGUAGGUCUCUUGAGUUCAGAGAUAUCCUGGUCUACAUAAAUCCAGGCCAGUCAGUGAAACCUUAUCUAAAAGAUGAGAGGGAGGGAAAAAAGACACACUCCAGCAAAUCUUAACAGCCUGCUGUUUGUUUUAAUUUUCUUAGUUUGGUGUUGAAAAAAUAAUUUCACAUGUUUUCCUUUAGUUAGGAACUGUACUAAGAAACACACAGGGGGUCCCUUCAAGUAUUGUUAGUACCUUAGUGCCCACCUUAUCUUGAUCAACUUCUGAAUCAUGUUAUAUAAUGGGCACUCAUGAGUAAGAGUCACAAGGGUUUUUAAAGUACUAAACACCCAAAUGGAUUAGGUGCAAUUCUACUUUUAAAGCCGCACUAAUUUGCUGAGCUACUCUGUGAUCAACACCCUUAAUUUCACAAAAGAAACAACUCUUUAAAGCAAACGUUUUAUACACAGUGGUGCAUGCAAACCGAACUCAAGCGCUGAAAAAAGGGAACAAUCUUCUCUUAAGCAAGAAGCUACCCUUGAAAAUGAACUGAUAUAAAACAUCUAUGAACAUCUGGCACUGUCCUAGCAAACAGCCCACUACUACUGUUUCUAAUUUCUUAACUUUAAACUCAAUGGUUAAACAUUAUAUAAAUGGUUGUGUAUAUGAUAUACGUAAAUGCACAUAUAGUGAUAGUAUAAAGUAGGCUGGUAUGUUUCUGUACCUAGGGGAAGGUGAGUUUGUGAUAAGGCAAGACAACUUGCUAAAAGUUACAGUAUUAUUUACUCGUAUAUCUGCAUACCAAUUCAACAGAACCGCUACACUGCGAGCAAGAACUGUAACAAGAAGUCAGAUGAUCCCAGAGAACUUGCCCUGCUGGAAUAGCUAAGCCCUUAAGCACGUGGACAAUGGGCCGCUUUAUUUGCAUGGCCGCACUAACCUGGGGACAGACUGAUCGGUUUAAUGGCGAAACUGCAACCCCACAGAACAAUCAUCACCUGCCUCACGCUGGAAAACCUUAACCAUUCAAGUCACUAGGCAAAGUUUUUGUUGUCUUUUCUUCUUUGAAAAAUACCCUAGCCAUUCACGCAAAGAUGCGAGAGCAAUCGCCUUGGCCUCGCAGCCGGGAAGAUGAGGAGACCGAGAACCCAGCCAGCCAGCUUCCUCUCGGGAGCACGCGCAGACACCCCGAGACCGCCCCACCGCGGAGGAGCCUCGGCGCCCUCCGGCCUGAGCCCGCCGCUUCCCGCCCGCGCCGACCCGGGUCGCGGCGCACGGAGAGGCGCACCGCCGCGCCGCGCCGCGCUCCCGCCACACGCGGCACGCGGGCCGCCACGGCGCCCGGCUCCGAUUCCGAAAGAGGGAAGGAAGAAAAACCAAUAACAAAACCUGGCUUCUCGUUCCCUCCGGAAACCGCGGGCCGGCAGGAAGUGACGAAGGAGAGGUCGUCCGGUCCGCUGGGUCUCGGCCUGCGCUCCCCGCCCGACUCCCGGAACAGUCCGAGCGGAGCGGACCGGCGCGGCGCGGCGGCCUCCGCACCUCAGCAGCCGCUGAGCGCCCGCCCGCUCGCCCGCCCGCCCGCGCGCGGUCGCGUCACCGCCCCGCCCCCGGCCCCGCCCCGCCCCGGCCGGGCCCAGCCGCGAGCUGCGGGUCGUACCCUGGGCCUGGGUGUCUUCUGCAAACGGAGCGAGCGGGGCGGCUGCCGCGUGCCAAGGGUCCCGGGGUGCGGGAGGCCGCAGAGACGCCGGCGGGAACGUGCCACCGCCCGUCGCGGGAGGACUGUCCUGUAUGCCACCUGGAGCAGAUUGCACAGGCUCGGGGACGCGGCUGGAGGAGGCCAGAUCCCAUGGCCGGAAGUUAUGGUAUGAUGGCUGACGACGGUUCUAUUGACUACACAGUCCAUGAAGCCUGGAACGAAGCCACCAAUGUUUACUUGAUAGUUAUCCUUGUUAGCUUUGGUCUCUUCAUGUAUGCCAAGAGG